AUGAUGAGGUCUCUCAAAAUCGUCUCGGCGGUGCUCGCUGCCGCGGUGCCAACCUUUGCCGUGUGGCCAGCACCAGAGAGUAUUAGUACAGGUGACCAGACUUUGUGGAUAGAUCAUAGUAUCCAAGUCACCUAUAAUGGAGGAAUAGUACGCUGGUCUUCUUUGUCUCACCCUUCUUGUCAUUACGGCGUGAUCGAUACUAAUUUGGGCCGGCCCGUUCCGCAGCUUCCAUGGGGCGAUGAUUCUGCAAGUAAUGCACUGAUGCAGAAGAAUUCCACUUUCUCUAGCCAGGAUGUUGUACUAGGAGGUGUGUGUCGGACUUUGGAUGCUAUCCUGUAUCAAGGCUUCAUACCUUGGAAACUCUAUGCACGGAACGCUGUUUAUGAGACGCAACCCAACGCAACCCAAGGAAAGACGCUCAUCACUGAGCUGGAGAUCACCCAGACUGGGACAGACAACUCAAGCACGUGGAAGCCUGUAGGCGGUAGUGUUGACGAGUCAUACAGUCUGUCUGUUGAUCUGCAAGGCUGUGCCAAGAUUGAGGCUGUCUCUGCAGUAGGCAUCCUCCGAGCUCUGGAAACCUUUACACAGUUCUUCUACAAGCAUACAGAUGGCAGCAUUUACACCAAGCUUGCCCCUAUUGACAUUCAGGAUGCGCCAAAGUUUCCUCACAGAGGUAUUCUUUUUGACGUGGCUAGGGACUAUAUGCCAGUCCAAGCCAUUCUCCGAACGAUUGAUGGCAUGAGUCAGAACAAGCUAAACAGACUUCACCUUCACGUCACCGACUCCCAGUCAUGGCCUUUGGAGAUCCCGGCUAUCCCAGAGCUGACCGAGAAUGGCGCAUAUGCUCCUGUAGCCAUCUACUCGACCAAGGAUAUUGACUAUAUCCAGAGAUAUGCCGUCUUGCGAGGCGUCGAGGUUAUCCUUGAGAUUGAUACCCCCGGCCACAUUGGCAUUGUCGCCGAGUCUUUCCCCGACCUCAUCACUGGCUGGGGUGCCGCUCCUUGGACUAGCUACUGUGCCGAGCCUCCCUGCGGUCAGUUCCGUCUGAACGAGUCCAAGGUUGACGAUUUCCUCGACACGCUGAUGGAUGAUUUGCUGCCCCGAGUUUCUCCAUACAGCGCGUAUUUCCACACUGGAGGCGACGAGGUCAACUUUAAUGUCUAUAACCUGGACCCUACAGUGGCCACAAAUGACUCGUCAGUCAUUGUCCCGCUGCUGCAAAAGUUUACCGACAAGAACCACGAGCGUGUCAGGAAGGCUGGUCUGAUUCCCUUUGUUUGGGAAGAGAUUCCUUCAAGCUACAAUGUCACCAUUGGCGAUGAUGUAGUGGUACAGAGCUGGCUCGGCAACGAUGCCAUCUCCAAGCUCACGAGUGACGGCCAUCAAGUCAUUGACAGCAACUACAACUUUUGGUACCUUGAUUGUGGACGUGGCCAAUUCCUCAACUUUGAGAAUGGCGAGGCUUUUGACACAUACUACCCCUUCAACGACUGGUGUGGCCCGACCAAGAGCUGGCAACUCAUCUACAGCCACAACCCUGUCGCGAAUCUGACAGAUGAGCAAGCCAAGCUCGUGCUUGGCGGCGAGGCUGCCGUAUGGAGUGAGCUGAUCGACGAGCAGAACCUCGACAGCUUGAUCUGGCCGCGAGCCAGCGCCAUGGGUGAGGUGCUCUGGAGUGGACGGCUGACCGCCUCGGGAGAGAACCGCAGCGCCAUUGAGGCGGCUCCUAGGCUGUGGGAUAUCAGAGAACGCAUGGUUGCAAGAGGUAUCGGCGCCUCGCCAGUGCAGAUGCAGUUCUGCACACAAGGUGGCAAUGGGUCGACCUGCAGCUGGCCGGUGUAA